GUACCUCGAAAUGAACGGAACCUUUGAAGUGAAAGUCGUGAGCACGUGGAUGCUUCUGAUUCUUUGUCAUCUGGCGUACGUUUAUUGUGCGAAGCACGAGGCCGGUUCUAGAGCGCUGACGCAGAAUGAGAAGGAAAGUGCCCGCCUGAAUCCGGUUUAUUAUGCCCAAAUGUGGUACCGAACCUGGACAUUUCCGGCGACACUCGCGCUCGCUUGGAUACCCAUCGUAGUGGUGGUGGUGUACUGUUAUUUAGAACCCGCUCUUAUUGGCGCCCAAGCUAUCAAAAGCCAAGAAUCGGAGUCCGGUUAUCAUGGGCCGAUCAUAAUCGAUGGGCACGUUGAAAGUUACGGGUCUCCUCCGCUUCACAAGUGGUUCCACAAAUGGGGAUAAAUGACUGUGAGCUUUAAUGAAUAAUAACUGAAGACUGA